UUCAUUUUCGGUCACUAUAUUCUAAAAGCAAGUGUUUUUUCCUGAUUUUCCAUUUUUCUGGAUAAAAUAAACCCAACAACAACAACAACAACAACAACAACAACGAAGAAAGAAAGAAAAAUAAAUAAAUAAAACUUUCCAAACCCUAGAUCUAAUUCAAUCUGUCUGCAAUUUUUUAUUAGGGAUUUUUUAUCUUUAGUUUUCUGGGUUUUUAAUUUGUUGAAGAUCUUCUUGAUAUUAUCGGCAAGUUGUGUAUUUAGGGGAGGAGCAAUAUUGGAUUUUGGAAGUAAUAGCUGUAGUUCUGUACCGGAUUGAUUUGGAGGGAGAAGGGGGAAGAGAACGAGAAUCGGAAUUUGGGGAGAAAAAAAAGGUAUUCAAAAUGAUGUCCAGAUCGUAUACUAAUCUUUUAGAUCUAGCUUCGGGGAAUUUCCCGGCGAUGGGGUUAGGGAGGGAGAGGAAGCGGCUUCCGAGGGUGAUGACGGUGGCCGGAGUUAUAUCGGAGAUGGAUGAUGAUCAGGCGAAUAGUGUGUCGUCUGAUGUACCGUCAUCGAUUGUACAAGACCGUGUUAUCAUUGUAGCGAAUCAACUCCCGGUGAGAGCGAAGAGGAGGCCGGAUAAUAAGGGGUGGAGUUUCAGUUGGGACGAGGACUCAUUGCUGCUGCAUUUGAAGCAUGGAUUGCCUGAAGAAAUGGAGGUUCUCUAUGUUGGGUCUUUGAGGGUUGAAGUGGACGUUGAUGAACAGGAUGAUGUUUCACAGAUUUUAUUAGAGAAGUUUAAAUGUGUCCCAGCUUUCUUGCCCCCAGAUAUCCAUACCAAGUUCUACCAUGGUUUCUGCAAGCAUCAUUUAUGGCCUCUUUUCCAUUACAUGUUGCCAUUUUCAGCUAGCCAUGGCGGGCGCUUUGAAAGGUCGUUGUGGGAAGCUUAUGUGGCUGCCAAUAAGAUUUUCUCACAGAGGGUGAUUGAGGUGAUUGACCCUGAGGAUGACUUUGUCUGGAUUCAUGAUUACCAUUUGAUGGUCUUGCCAACUUUCUUGAGACGGCGGUUUAUUAAGUUGAGGAUGGGAUUCUUUCUUCAUAGCCCGUUUCCUUCUUCAGAGAUCUACAGGACUUUGCCUGUGAGGGAAGAGAUACUUAAGGCAUUGCUGAAUGCUGACCUUAUUGGAUUCCAUACCUUUGAUUAUGCUCGCCAUUUUCUUUCUUGUUGUAGUCGGAUGUUAGGUUUGGAGUAUAAAUCAAAGAGGGGGUAUAUCGGACUAGAAUAUUAUGGUCGAACUGUUGGAAUAAAGAUCAUGCCAGUUGGGAUCCAUAUGGGGCAGAUUGAGUCGGUUUUGAGACUUGCCGAUAAAGAAUGGAGGUUGAAGGAGCUCAAACAGCAGUUUGAAGGAAAGACUGUGCUGCUUGGUGUUGAUGAUAUGGAUAUUUUUAAAGGGGUCAACUUGAAGCUUCUGGCUAUGGAACAAAUGUUGAAGCUGCAUCCAAAGUGGCAGGGGAAAGCAGUUAUGGUUCAGAUUGCAAAUCCUUCUAGGGGAAAAGGCAAGGAUCUUGAAGAGAUUCAGACUGAAAUACAAGCCAGCUGUAAGAGAAUUAACGAAACAUUUGGACGUCCUGGUUAUGAACCCAUCGUUUUUAUUGAUAGACCAGUAUCUCUUAGUGAAAGGGCUGCAUAUUACACUGUUGCCGAGUGUGUAGUUGUCACUGCAGUCAGGGAUGGAAUGAACCUCAUUCCAUAUGAGUACAUUGUCUGCAGGCAAGGGGUCUCUGAAUCCUCGUCAGGUUCAUCAUCUAGCAGCCCCAAGAAGAGUAUGUUGGUUGUGUCAGAGUUCAUAGGUUGUUCUCCUUCUCUGAGUGGUGCUAUACGCACAAACCCGUGGAAUGUGGAUGCAACAGCUGAGGCAAUGAAUGAGGCCAUCUCUAUGCAUGAUGCCGAGAAGCAGCUACGCCACGAGAAGCAUUACAGAUAUGUGUGCACGCAUGAUGUGGCAUUUUGGUCAAGAAGUUUCUUCCAAGAUCUAGAGAGAACCUGCAGGGACCAUUUCAGGCGGCGUUGCUGGGGAAUCGGCUUGGGUUUUGGUUUUAGGGUAGUAGCACUUGAUCCUAAUUUCAGAAAGUUGACAAUUGAUGCUAUAGUCUCAGCCUUCUCUAGGUCUAAAAGUAGGGCCAUACUGUUGGAUUAUGAUGGCACUAUGAUGCCGCAGACAUCCAUCGACAAGAAGCCCAGUCAAGAGGUGAUAAGUAUCAUCAACUUAUUGUCUGCAGACCCUAGAAACACUGUUUUUAUUGUUAGUGGAAGAGGAAGAGAUAGCUUAGGCAAAUGGUUUUCACCUUGCAAGAAGGUUGGAAUUGCAGCUGAACACGGAUACUUUAUGAGAUGGAGUGCUGAAGCUGAAUGGGAAAUGUGUGGUCAAAAUUGUGAUUUUGGAUGGGUACAGAUAGCUGAACCUGUCAUGAAACUUUAUACUGAAGCAACAGAUGGUUCGUUUAUUGAAACUAAGGAGAGUGCGUUGGUCUGGCAUUAUAGAGAUGCUGACCCAGGUUUUGGGUCUUGUCAAGCAAAGGAGAUGCUAGAUCAUCUAGAAAGUGUGUUAGCAAAUGAGCCUGUUUCUGUAAAAAGUGGGCAGUUUAUUGUUGAAGUCAAGCCUCAGGGAGUAACCAAAGGUCUAGUUGCGGAGAAGAUAUUCACGAAAAUGGCCGAGAGUGGAAAGCAUGCUGAUUUCGUUUGCUGUGUUGGUGAUGAUAGAUCUGACGAAGACAUGUUUGAGAUCAUUGGUAGCGCGAUGAACAGUGGUAUCCUUUCAUCAAAUACAUCAGUAUAUGCUUGUACAGUCGGACAAAAGCCGAGCAAAGCAAAAUAUUAUUUGGAUGAUACUGCUGAAGUCAUAACCAUGCUUGAUGCCCUUGCCGACGUUUCAGACCCGUUUUCUUCUAGUGACGAUGAGCCAGGAAGCCCUUCUUGAUAGUGUUGCUUCAAUUUUUUGUUCAAGUAUAUAUUGGUUUAGUCUUCGAAAUAGCUGCAUAACUCAAGGAUUUGCUUUCUGUUGCUGGGUACCUCCGGGACCCACUUGGUUCAUACCUUACCCAGAAAAUGUCCGAUAUUGAGUGUGGCUGAACAAUUGAGGCGGGGGUUGGUAUACGCGAUUGCUAUUCUCAUGGUUGGAAAAGGGGUGAUUAGGAUUGGCAAGUGGGAGACUUUGCUGCGUCAAAUGUACAUAGAGGCUCACACCAGGCUACUUUGCCAUUGCGUCCGUGGUGGAAUUUGUCAUGUGUAAGAGUUGCUGUUUUUUCCAUUUUACUAGUGCCUGGAUAUGGGUGAUUGACUCGUAUAAGUAUUGAAGUCAGAUGAUGUAUGGCAAGAAGAACAUUAUAAUGGGGGUUGGCUUGUAACAUUGCCGCAUUGAAUUGUGGGUAUAGAUGAUGUUUUAGCAGUUGUUCUUUUUCUUCAACCCCUCCAUUUCUGAGAGAGGGAAUUCAUUUUUAUGGUUUACCUGACAAUGUUGAACUCUUUAGUAGGUGUAAACUCCAUAGGCAAUUGUUGGGGCUGCUGAUUAUAUUUUGAAAUGCCAGAAAUAGGAGUGUUAGUCAUUCUUUAUUAAAA